AUGCUGGAAUUGCUAAUUCCGUCCCUCAUUAGCUCUUUGGUGGCAGUGCAGCUGACGAAUUUGCUGUGCCCAACAUGCAGAUGCCACAAUGAUGCCACAGAGCUAUCCAGUCUGAGUGCGGUCUCUUAUGAAUCUUUCUUUUCGAAGCAGGUUCUCAAGCAAACUGAGCUGGAAGUCUUUACAAAGAAGAAGCAUGAGAAUUUGACAGGCUGUAGCCAUUCAACAACCUGCUCCAUUUGCCUAAGCGACUUUGAGGAGUCAGCAAUGCUGCGACGUCUCCCUUGUGGUCAUGCUUUUCACCAGUGUUGUUCAGAGUCCUGGCUUUCUCGGGUCGGCAGUUGCCCUCUGUGCCGUGGAGAGCUUGUGGCUUCUGACACUGCAGUAUGA